GAAAUAUUAACUUUUAAUAACAUUUUCCAAUAAAAAAAAGUUGAAAAUGUUUUCACUUAAAGGUUUAUUCACAUUUGCAUUACUACUGGUCUCAGUGUAUGCCGACUGUCCAAAUGUUAAGGACAGUGAUAUCACACCCUGUGUUUGUUUAACUAAUCAGAUCCGAUGCGAGGGUCCGUCGGUGACCAACGAUGUGUUGGCCAAAGUAUUGGCUACAAUCGACAAAUCGAGAUCUGAUUACCAGAAAGAAUUUGAUGGUCUUGAACUUUACAAUACCAAAGUGACCAAAGUUACCACUGAGAUAUUUGGAAAGUUAGUAUUGAAGACUUUCGCCAAAUUCAAUAGCAAUCCGAUCUCCAGUGUCUCAUUGGGCAACUUUCCCGAUCUGGUGUAUCUGGAUCUGGUCAACAACAACCUAAGCAAAACGGUUGACUCCAAUCUAUUUCUUGGUCUCAAAAGUCUCCGAUUUGUCAAUUUGGGCGGUAAUGACAUCGAAGACUUCCCGCGCGACACAUUCGCCCAGUCGGACAAUCUUCAGAGGAUUGUCUUAAGCGGCAAUAAAAUCAAACGAUUGGAAUCCGACGAGUUUUCGUCUGAAUACCACAACAACAUUGAACUGACAGAAGUUGAUUUGUCUAACAAUGCGCUGACACUGUUGCCGAACAACAUCUUUUGGCCACUUCGGCGACCACUGUCCAUAAACUUGGCGCACAACAAACUGGCCACUGGUCUGGAAGUCGAUGCACUGAGCUUUGGCGAAGAUGCUAUUCAGUACGAACCGAUCCGAUUGAUACUCAGUGACAACGGUUUCAAAGACGAGAACCUAUUGGCCACAACUUUUGCACAUAUCGUACGCCAGAAGCUGUCCGUUGCGUUGGAUUUAUCCGACAACGGAGUGACUAAGUUAACAGACAAAGUAUUUCAGGAUCUUUUGAGAGCUAAUCGUCGCACAACUGUUACACUUAACGGCAAUCCAAUCAAAUGUGCCGAUUGUGCCAAUAAAUGGAUCCCCGGAGAUAUUGCCGCCAAUAAGGUCAGAGCCAAUCAGAUUCAACUGACCAAAUGCACAGACGAUGCCAAGAGAACUCUUACGCAAUAUACCGCCGCUGACUAUAAGGACUGCAAAUAAGAGGACUGCAGAAAGAAAAACCACUUUUCAUCGCUUAAUUUCAAUCAUCACUUUUAAUAAUAAUUGUUAUUUUAUUUAAUACAUGUUAUGAGUUUAUACAGAAUUAUUAUACACAAAAAAAUCAAAAUAUAAAAUAUUAAUAUAAUGUUAAAAUG